GCUACUUUUAUAUUGUUAGAUUAAAAAGAAACCGCAUCUCAGAUUAACAAAUUAAACGGCUAAAGCCACAACUCGCAAAAUCGCACGUACUUCCUCUAUACUUUCAAGAUAACGGUCAAGGGACUUUUUAGGUAGGUUUAUUUUAAGUUUUAUUGUAGUGGUAAAUUAUGUUUAAACAGCGACACAAGAAUUCGCUGACAAAAUAAAAUGUUUUCUGGGAUGAGUUAUGGAAGUUAUUGUGACAUGAAGCUAACCGUCAACGUUUAUAAUUCGACCGGAAGUGUAAUUGCCGUGAUUUUGACAAAACUGAGGCACGUUUAAUAAAAGUUGUAUCAGCUUCAUUAGUUUUUGUUUUAAUAAUUUAUAUAAGCUGCAUAUUUGCGAGUUCACACCAAAAAAACAAAAACAAAACAACAACCGUGAAGUGAAUCAUUUUUAUUUAUUAGUUCUAAGCUAGAAUGAGUUAGCCACACAGGCUAACGUUAGCUGCUCCGAGCCCCACCGUUUCAGUCCUUCCAGUGCUAACACUGGAAAGUUGGCUUUUAGAUGCUAGCUUUGAACUAUACGUCUACUCUCAUUGGUGCUAGCCCUCCUGUCUGAUCCGUUGCUAGGUAUGGAUGCAACUCAGGCGAUCAGUGACUCAAUCUUAGAAUCAGAGAAGGAAGAAAAUGAAGAGAAUGAAAAUAGGAGAGGAAGUCCUUUGGCGAAACUGUGCAUCCUAAAGAAUCCACACGUCCCUGAGGCAGAGUUGCCUCUAUUUUUGGGAGAUAACGUGUUGGGCCGUGACCCCAGCCUCUGCACACUACCCAUGGCUGCAUCAUCCGUGUCCAAACAGCACGCCACCAUCUGCAUCUCUGUUUACCGCAGAAGAGGGGCCCGCUGUGACGUAGACAUGGAGGCUUUGGUCUGGGACCUGGGGAGCAUGAAUGGGACGCGUAAGGGGCGGUUAAAGCUGACUCCUAAUGUACGCUAUGCCCUCAGUGAAGGUGACAGCUUGGUUUUGGCCGACAUCCCAUGUCAGUAUGUUAGAUGGGGUGGAGUCUCUUCUCAAGAUGACAUGAAGAUCCCAGGGUGUGUUCUAUCAGGAGUGAAGGGCACAUUUCCUGAUGCUCCAGGAGGAAAACAGGGUGACACUGACAGAGGCAGCAAGAGAGGUGUCAACAGUGGAGCGAAGGCGACGAAGACUCCUGUCAGAGGCAGUUUUCUGUCCUUUGAGCAAACUCCAACCCAGCCAAAGGGCUGCUUGGUCCCUGAUUCUGACUCCGACUCAGACGGUGAAAGAGAUGGUGGAGGAAUCGGACACCAGAAGACACGAGUGUCUGAUUCUGACUCCCACAUAUCCAGUCCCAACUCAUCUGCAUUCCUAAGUCCCUCAAACAAAAUUGUUCCCGAAAGUGAGGACGAAAGCCCCGUCACACUGUCCUUUUCCUCUCAGCCAUCCAGACACGUCAGUUUCAACACAGAGAAGUCAGAUGUUUGUGUGGAGAGAAACAGGUCACCUAACGAUGAAACUGAUGGCAAAGGAGGGACAGCUUCUAAAGACAGCGGACAAAAUCAAAAUGGGGAGAGCAACGUGACCUUCAGAGAAGACGAAUCCCUCGUGUCCACGCCAGAAGUCUCCAGAGAAGCCAUCCCUGAUUUCAACAUGGAUAGUGACACUGAUGUGGAGGCUGAGGAGGAGGGGGUGCCUGCCGAGCCUCUGAGCUUUAAUACCAGUCAGCGAGCUGAUCAGCGAUCAGACGAACCUUCUGAAGCUCACUCAGAUGAAACGACCAAACCCGCUCAUGUUGCAUCAGGUAUCCAGCCUGAGGACAUCAUCAUAGACAGUGACACUGAUGAUGAUGAUGAUGUGUCAGAUGCAGUUAUCAAAGCCUCAUCAUUUCAGGAUGCACACACAGCUGAUGCAGCUUCUUCAGUGCAGCUAAAAGAUUUCCACCUAGACAGCGACACGGAUGUCGAGGAGGAAAUCAAAUCAAAUUUGAACCCUGCUGCUGCAGCCGGUGACCCCUCAGUGGCUGCUGCCACUGCAGAAUCCAGCAGCCCAGCAGCUGCAGGACCUGAUCUGGAUAUUCUGUCUGACAGCGACACAGACAUGGAGGAGGACUGUCUGUUAGUGAAGCCUCUUGUCACCGCAGACCCGUCAGAAGUUUCUGGUAAAGCGCCAGGAGCUCUUGAGUCAGAUUCAGAUGAGGACACGGAUGUGGAUGAACCCUGCGUGACACACGCUGGAGACAGUCCAGCUGAGCUCAGAGUGGACGGCGACGCCAGUGCGGAGGAUCAGGAGGAGGAUGCUGAAGAGGCGGGUGAAGACCACAUCCUUCAUCUCCCUCCGGUUCCAACUCUGCAGAACUACUCUACCCCUGUUCAGGUUUCAGGGGAGGUCGAGGACUUGGAGACUCAGGCCUUCACAAGCACGCCGUCGGGUCUGUUUAGAUGUCCUGCUUUAAAUCCUGCUGUGCCGUUGUCCUCAGACAGCCCAGAGGAUGAAGACUACGCUGAAGCUGAAACACAACCCUUUGUUCUUCAGACCAGAGAUCGGCAAACAGCCGCAGACCCGAAGCCGUCCUCUGCACCGGAGCCCAAAGCAGACGACCCAAGAGGCUCAUUUCAGCUGGGUUUGUCCGACAGCCGCCAUCGAGCUUUGGCCACGGAGAACACCCAAGCUUACGUCUCAGCAGACGGAAGAGUAAACCUGGAGGAGACCCAGGCAUAUGAGGCCACCUCAAACCUCGACGCUACGCAGGCCUAUGAAGAGGAAGAGGAGCCUGUCAGAGACUCUGAAGAGUCUGAAACUAAAGUUUGUGUAAAUUUGGCGCUUGAAGCAACUCAAGCUUAUGUCUCGGACUCUUGUGAUGAUUCAGAUGAAGAUAAGAGACAGGAUGCAGCACCGACCGAGACUACAGAGCUCACAGAUCAUUCCUCUGCUCUUGCGACUGCUGAAACUCAACCAGUGCCUUCUUUUGAAGAAGAGAGCUUAGAAAUUAGGAAUCCAGUUUGUUCUGUGCAGAGCGUAGAAACCAAAGAGAGGGAUCCGGCUCAGCCUCGAGAGAAGCACCUCUUUGAAGCAGAAACCCAGCCCAUGUGUAUGACGGACACGGAGGAAGGCGAUGACGAAGACUCGACAGCACCACUGCAGCUUCAAGAGGAUCCCACAGAGCCUCAAACGUGCUCGCCGUCGGCUCUAGCUGAAACCCAGCCCAUGCAUGUCGAUGAAGGUGAAAAUGACGACGAUUCAGUGCCACUUAAAGCAAAACGGCUUUCUGUCGAAGAAGAGGAGUCACAAAGGCUGGGAGGUUCUGAUGCUUAUGUCGCUGAGACCCAACCCGUUUUUGUGAGCGAGGAUGACGAUGAAGGUGACUGGGGUCCACGCAGAAGAGAAGCCAAGCCGCCGCAGCUCGAAGAGGAGCAGACUCGGCCUCAGAUCAGCUCUGAUGUUUCGUCUCGGCCAGAAGAUCCCGGAGAGGAAAACGACAGCGAGAUCCUAGUUGUUCCACGGAAAAGGAAAGCCAAGCAGCUUCAUAUUGAAGAUGAGAGCCAGCAGCUGCUGAGUUCUGCUGAAACACAGCCCACGCGUGGAGAAGAUGUAGAAGCAGGUCCACAAGGAGGAGAGGCGAUGCCACUGCAGCGGGACGAAGGGCAGAUAAAUCCGAGCACCGAGGUCGCUGGCGUCGACAAACAUGAUCACAAGGACGCAGUUACAGCAAAGCAGCACGAUCUUAAAGAAACAACCGUCUCUGCCGAAGCCGAUCCACCCAGUGUUUCAAACUCCAGGCAGACGAGAGCGAGAUUAAGAGGAAAAGAAGAUGCAGAUGGUUCUGCAUCUACAAAGAGACGGACCAGACAGGAAAGUAAAACGCUGCCUAGUACCAGAGGAAGUAGAGGAAAAGCCGUGACUCAGAGCGAGGAAGACGUGAAGCAAUGCAAGCAGGCGAGAGGGAGAAAAAACACAAGACGGCAGGAAGAUGAAGAGGAUGACAACAAGAUUAUUGCAGCUAAAGAAGCAAUAAAGGGGCAAAAAGAAGGAAACCUGGAACAAGACGAAAAGGAGAGCGAAAGGAUGCACGCCAGUGUCACAAAAGAAAAACAGGAGUGGGUGGAGCAGGAGCGAAGAAACCAAGGAGAGCUGAAAAAGAAAGAAAAGGCAUCUGCAGAGCGACUACAGGGGGGAGAGUUGGAGGAAAGCGAGGGGAAACGAGAUGAAGAAGAGAAGCUGAAUGUUUCUGCAAGACCUCGAAGGUCAGCGAGGAAAACUGCUCCGUGUGCAGCUGGACCAGAGCAGCCCUCAACCAUUUCUACCCGGGAAGAUUUCGCCGCGAGGAGAACCAGGUCUCACUCAAACUCUUCCAACUCGGUCAGUUCGGAAAGGUCUGCUUCAAGCGUCAGCGCACAGGAGAGUAGAGGACGAGGGAGAGGAGAGAAGAGGAGCAGCGAGGCGCUCCAGACACCCGUUACUAGAAGCAGCCGAAGAAGAACGACGGCCACCGUAGCUCCGAUAGAGAAGGGCCGCGAAGCCGUCCGCUCAGAGAUCUCCACCUGCAGUGAGAGCCCUCAGAACAGAGCGAGGGGCUGCAGGCAGCGGGGAAAAGGGAGGAAAACAGUUUCGGACCUCCAGAAUUCCACAGAGAGGGUUGGGAAGACCGGGAGGGCUGAGGAAUUGUCUUCUGAGGUUCUGCCUAUGGGUGAUGAAGAUAAAGGAGAUGCUCAACAGCCUGCCACCAGUAGGGGGCAGCAGCGAGUCGGUACAAAUGCUAAGCACCAGUCGCAUCAAGAGGAGGAAUCAGUGGAGGAGAAAUCUCCUCUGCCCAAGAGGAGGACCGGGGGCAGAGGUCAUGUGGAGGAACCCGUAGCUCUGUCUGUCAGCGAGGAGGGUCGAAAUAAGAGGAAAGGGAGGAAGAGUGAGUUGGAGGUGAACAUGAAAGCAGAUGGUGCCAGCGUUUUUAAAGGAAAAGCCCUGAAGGCAACAGAAAGAGAAGAAGGGAAGGAUGAGCGAAUCGAAGAGAGUUCCUCCACGGUCCAGGUGAGGAGAACAAGUAGAGCUUCCAGCGCUCAAGUGAAGAAGAAUGCAAAGGAGCCUCCCCCUGGAGAGCCGGUGGAAGAUGGUGAAACCAUGGAGGUGCAGGCCGCUGAGAGGAGGACCAGGGUUCGGACAGCGAAUAAAGAGGAGGUGAAGGAAGGUGGAACGUCUGCAUCAUCCAUGAAGCAGGAAGCACCAGCAACUCCAGACAGCCGAGUUUCCCGGAAGCGACGGGCCUCGUCUGUCUCCUCCCCUUUGGCAAAGACUCCUCGCUCUUCUUCUGGUUCCCCGGCAGCUAUUGGUCGACUACGAGCCGGGAGCCAAUCCUACAAGGUGCUGUUCACCGGGGUGGUGGAUGAAGGCGGGGAGCGGGAGUUGGCUCGACUGGGAGGCGGCAUGGCUAAAGGUGUGGCAGACAUGAACUGCCUGGUGACGGAUAAAGUGCGAAGAACAGUCAAAUUCCUGUGCGCCGUGGCCAAAGGCGUCCCUGUCGUCACCACAGACUGGCUGGAAAAGAGCGGCAAAGCUGGAAGCUUCCUUCCUACUGACGUUUUUGUGGUGAAAGAUCCCGAGCAGGAGAAGAAGUUCAGCUUCUGCCUGCAGGAGUCUCUGAGGACUGCCAGGAGUCGGCGUCUCCUGCAGGGGUAUGAGAUCCACGUGACAAAGUCGGUAAAGCCAGAGCCAGUUCACAUGAAAGACAUCCUUUCCUGCAGCGGAGCUACCUUUCUGUCAAAGAUGCCCUCGUCUCACAAGCCGCAGACCGUGGUGAUUUCCUGCGAGGAGGACUGGCGACUGUGUGGCCCCGCCGUGUCUGCGUCGCUCCCUGUCGUCAGCACCGAGUUCAUCCUCACAGGGAUCCUGCAGCAGAAACUCGAUUUUCACACUCACGCACUUUCGCCCAGUUCUGCAGCUAACUCGCAGCCUGCAGGGGACAGAGGAAGAACCAGGAGGAAGACUUAGGCCCAACAUGUCCGUGUAGAUUACAAUUACAGACCAAUGGAAGCACUAGAGUUAGCUGUUUGUGGCUUUAAGAAUGUAUUAGCAACACACCUUCAAGCAUUUCUUUUAGCAGUCAAGUGUUUAAAAGUAUUUAUAGUCCGACAGCGAACAGAUUCUUACCACAUUCCUGUCUUUUACCUUUUAUAACUAAGCCCAACGUGGAGUUUCUGGUUCUCAGGCAGGUUUAAUUUACACUUUCUCCGUGCCUUGUCUCAGUUCUCCACUUUGACAGUUACCAAUCAUGAUGUUUAGCCGAGAUCAAUCAUGUCCGUGUGGUAGGAGCAGUUGCACGGAGGAGGUCUGUAUUGAAAUCAAUCAGCUGCAGCGAUCAGUAGAUUCCACAAGCCUGUUUCCUGUCCUGAUGAAAAGUGCAAAGUGCCUUUUAUACCGAGAUGGUCAUGAACUCGCUGGUGUGUCAGUUGCUCCUUUCUCCAUUAGGCAGCUCCACUCCAUUAAGGCUGUGUUCCAACUCUCUGCCUGGAGGGAGAGUUCCACACCAUAUCUGACUGCUGAUGCUGCUUCAACAUCAAGAUUUCAUCCCAUCGGUCCAUUACGAGGGUUGAUUUGCGGCGUGUUGUGUGAAAGUCGACCUGCUGACAGGCGUGGUGUAAGGGUUUUGUUGUGAAAGCAUCUUCUGCAUCAUUACUCUGGAAAACAUUAGUUUGUACUUUUGGGACUGUUCCCAGACUUGAGUCAACACGACUAAUAAAAUUAUGAAAAUGUU